AUGGCAAUGGCUCGACCAGCGCGGCUCGCUCUAGGGUUCGGGACGCGGAAUAUUCCAUUACACUACCGGCCAACAGUCAGUAAUGUUUUGGCACGGGGUCCCCGGACGCAGACUGGCGCUCGAUUCAAAUCUGGGCCGUACGGCUAUACUCAGGCAAAGGCCUUGGUGUUUUCCAAGUUUGGCGAGCCGUCUGAGGCCCUGAGCCUCCACACGCACUCCAUCUCCCCCACACUACCACCGAAGGCGGUGCUGGUGCGCAACCUAGCGGCGCCGAUCAACCCGGCAGACAUCAACACGGUGCAGGGCACGUACGGUGGCAAGCCGGCGUUCUCGUCACUGAUCGGGACGGCGGAGCCGUCGGCGAUUCCGGGCAGCGAGGCCUGCUUCGAAGUGGUGUCAGUGGGCUCAGAGGUGACGACGCUGACAGCGGGUGACUGGGCGCUGCCAGCAGCACCGGGACUGGGCACGUGGCGGACACAUGCGCUGGUGGAAGAUGCAGACACGGCGCUGGUGGGCAUCCCGGCAGCGAAGACGGCUGGUCUAUCGCCAUCGGCGGCAGCGACGGCGACGGUGAACCCGUGCACGGCAUGGCGGCUGCUGCGCGACUUUGUGGACGUGGUGGAGCUGAGCGUGCGCAGCGGCACCGGAGCGGGCGCGUGGUUCAUCCAGAACGGGGCCAACAGCGGCGUCGGCCGGGCGGCGAUUCAACUGGGUCGGCUGUGGGGUCUGCGCAGCAUCAACGUGGUGCGGGCACGGUCGACGGUCGAGGAGACGGCAGCGCUGCACCAGGAGCUGACGGACCUGGGCGCUACUGUGGUCCUGACCGAGGACGAGGUGCAGGAGCGCGGCUUUGCGGCGCGGCUGCGCCAGGACUACAUGGGCGGCGAAUCUGAGCGCGACAGUCCGCUGCUGCUAGGGCUCAACUGCGUCGGUGGGCGGCCAGCUCUCGGGCUCGCCAAGUGCCUCUCGGACGGCGCCAAGGUGGUGACGUACGGUGCCAUGGCCAAGCAGCCGCUCACGGUGCCGGCUGGCAUGCUCAUCUUCCGCGACCUCUCUUUUGCCGGCUUCUGGUUCAGCCGCUGGGGCACGGUCAACCCGGGCGGCCGCAAGCAAACCGUCGAGGCUGUGCUCGACCUGAUCCGCGACGGCAAGUUCCAUCCCGGUCCUGCGCAAGACAUUCCCUGGACCUGGGACACGCCGGUCGAGACACUCACGGCGGCCGUCAGCGGCACGCUCGAGGGCUACCGGUCAGGCAAGGGUAUCUUCGUGUUCAAGGACACGUGA